UUUUCCUUGCACGAAGGUGAAGAAACUCUUCUGCUUCGUCCCUUUACCUUGCGCUGAGGAAUCUUCAAACACGCAUCGAGGGUCACGCAAGUCCCCGUCGCGAUUAGCUUCGAGAGAUCCGAUACGGUAAGUGCAAAUGGCGACUACGAAUCGCCUCAAUUGCUCCGAUACAUGUCUGCCGAAGUCUCCCUCAGAAGACGUUUCGAGGAAGAAGAAGAAGAAUAAAUCGGCUUCUCCUUUGAUCAAACGGAUAUGGAACGAGGACGACGAGCUCUCUAUCUUAAAGGGAUUAGUGGAUUACAGAGUGAAUACAAGGCACGAUCCGAGUUUCGAUUGGGAUGGUUUCUUCCGUUUCGUGCAAGGUUCCAUCCAUGUGAAAUUCUCCAAGGAGCAGCUUUUCAGUAAGGUCAGGAAGCUGAGGAGGAAGUUCGCUCUUCACAUGGAGAGAAUCGAUCGAGGGGAAGAUCCGCUCUUUACUAGGCUUACUGACUCUCAAGCCUUUGGAUACUCCAACAUGAUCUGGGGCGUUUACCAACCUGAAGUUGCUGCUAACGACGAGAAAGCACAAGAAGAAGAGGCUCAAGGAGGAGGCAUUGAGAAAUCACCAGGAGGAGAGACGACUCAAAGUUGCGGGGAUGAUGAACAAAUGGAUAAUGCUGUUUAUGUGAAUGACAAUGGGGAUGAAAGUAGUAAGCUUUAUGGUGGCAAUGGCACGGAGAACGUUGUGCAGAUCGAGAAUGGCUUUAGGGAAACUGGGCGAGUGAGUAAUGAUGAACCUGUAAAGGAUAAUGGGCGAGUGGGUAAUAAUGAACCUGUAAAUGAAAACGGGGCGGAGGAAGAUGCGUUUGAUGGCAAAUCGCUUUAUGAAGUGGGUGUUGACAAAACAACCGACGGAAAGGAGAGUCAUGAUGAUGAUGCUGAUGAGUUACGCGUUGUGGAAGAUGCGUUUGAGACAACGAUUUUGCAAGGUUUAAGUGUUUGGCAGAGGAAGUUACAGCUUAAGAAGCUGAUGAUGAACCUUGGAACGGAGAAAAGAAAAGAGUUGAGCAAUGAGUGGAAAGCAUUAUGUUCCGAGGAAACAAAAUUGAAAAUCAAGAAGCUUAGGUUUACUGCGAAGCUUGUAGAGGCAGCCUAUGAUGGAUGAAACUAGGCCAUUGCAUCACUUUUGCUGUAAUGGUGUUGUUUAGUUAGAAAGUUGGUAGUACGAUUUACUAUAAGUUUUAGUCAGUUUGAAUGUGUUUCUUCUCUCCAGAUUAUUACAAUAUUGUUUUACUAAAUACUCUUAACUGGAAAUUGUUAUUCUCUUGAGAGCUGCAGUAUUAUAUUUCUUCUCUU